GGAUGUGGCCGCGCUGUGCGUUGGCAAGUGGCGGCGGGGCGGCUCGGGGCGUCGGGGCGCGGCCGGCGACCCCGGGCGGAUGGCGCAGGGCUGGGCCGGCUUCUCGGAGGAGGAGCUGCGGCGGCUGAAGCAGCGCAAAGAUCCCUCUGAGCCGCAGCGUCGGCUUCCUGCAAAGAAAGACCGCCAGCAGCUCCCGCGGGAGAGGGCCCCACCCGCGCAGAACCAACGGCUUCUUGGUGUUCAGCAUGGAGGAGGCGGCAGCCCACCAGAGCAGCUGCCUCCUGCCCCCAAACAGAAUCUCUGUCCUCAACCUCCCCGUCCUCCGUCCCCUGCUCCCCCGAGCCCUCCCGUGCUCCCCGCCGGCACCGGGGAUGGAAACGCCCGGGACCUGGGGCGUCAGGGCCCAGAUGUGGGACCCACGAAUUCCCACGAAGGCCCCCGAAGUGCUGAGGCUCACCCCCCACAGCCGGACUGCAAGCAGGAGACAAAGAAAGUGGAAUUGCAAGAAAAAUCUCGCUGGGAAGUCCUCCAGCAAGAACAGCGACUGAUGGAAGAGAAAAAUAAACGUAAGAAAGCUCUUUUGGCUAAAGCUAUUGCAGAAAGAUCACGCAGGACGCAGGCGGAGACCCUGAAGCUGAAGCGCAUCCAGAAGGAGCUGCAGGCGCUGGACGACAUGGUGUCGGCCGACAUCGGCAUCCUCCGGAACUGGAUCGACCAGGCCAGCCUCGAGUACUCAGCCGCACGGAAGCGCUUUGACAAGGCGGAAGCGGAGUACGUGGCGGCCAAGCUGGACCUGCAGCGCAGGACGGAGACGAAGGAGCAGCUGACGGAGCACCUGUGCGCCAUCAUCCAGCAGAACGAGCUGCGCAAGGCCCGCAAGCUGGAGGAGCUGAUGGCCCAGCUGGACGUGACGGCCGAGGACCUCGGGGACGACCGGACUCCCGGGGAGGGACAGGGCGAGUGUCCACAGCCGGAGCCGCCGGCGCAGACGGCCCCCGAGGCCGUGCCCACAUGACCCUGCCAGGCCCAC